CAGGCUGUUUUCUUCUCCAAGCACGUACAUGUCCCGCUCUUCUUCAACAACCCUCCGCAUCAUCUCACUUUAUUACAUCUACUUUUACCCUCAACUGUUUGCUUGACACUGGCUGUCGUCACAUUUGGUUUCACACAACCUGGAAGACUACACACAGGGUCGACCUUACCCCCUGGCUCUGAGGCGGUGAUGCCACUCGUCUACCGGAGCUGCUCUGUAGCUAAUUAGUCACCGAAGCUCCGUGGAAACGGUCACAUCAGCGAUGUGUCAGCGAUGUUAGCCGCCGACACACACAACAUGUAGUUGUAGUUGGGGCGUCAUGAGCUGCAGCGCCCGUACACGAGCAGCAAGCAGCCGUGCUAAACAUUGGUGGCUAACUUGCUAACGCUUAGCAUUUUUUCAGCGAUUUCCACCACAUGCUCGCUCAGUCCCCCGGUGUGCACCCUUUAGUCUGCCGCGGUUUGGGAGUAGACGUGCCCGACGGUUAGAGUCUCCAUCAUUCCAUCAACAUGAGACCCGCACAGCAGUGAGCUAGCUAGCAGCCUGCUGUUGGCGGCUAACAUAGCCGGCGAUGCUAGCAGCAGAGUGCGUCCACGCCGCCCGCAGCUGAAGUCACGUCCGUCCCAUGGAGCUGAAGCGUUGGCCGGCUUGCCAAAGAUGACGUGCCGCCUGAGUCGGGUUUUUGUGCCUCUGUCUGCAGGAGGCGGAACAUGGAAGCCGAGGAAGAGUGGGACCAAGAUCUGAGUGUGCACAAGCUGCUGGAUAAGAAAGUGCUCCGCAAGCAGAAUGGAGGGAUCGGUAUAGCCAGGACUCUUCACGGUCUGUUUAAAACCCCCAACUCGCUGCAGAUUCAGUCCCUAGCCCGCUCGGAAUGUGCUGGCUCCUGUCCAAAUCUAAUGAUGAGUAGGACCGAGCACGCCGAUGCGAGGCCCAUCCCCGUGGCCCUCACCCCCCAGCUCCCCCCCAGAGCUCACCGGCCCCUCUGCGUGUCGGUCUCCUCCGACAGCAGCGGCCGCUUCAAAGCUCUGGAGACGCAGGAGUGGAAGAACAACCUCAAAGCUCAGAUGGAGCAGGCCCACAGUGCAGGAGCUGCCAGCAGCACAGGCUCUCUGGAGCGAGCCUCCCUGUUCUGCGCCUCAGCUUCCACCACAGCGUCCAGCUCCAGCCUGUCCAGUCCAGUGGAGAUCCUCAACAAGAGCAAAUCCUCCAGCCGCUUCUCUCUCUUCUCUCCACCCUGGAACAGCAGCUCUGAGUCUGACUCCAACCCGCCGUCCCGGUCUGGUUCCAAGAAAUUGCGCAACUACAGCAGGAGGGCUGCCACGGGGCCAGCAGGAGCCAGGGGCCCCGAUACACCUGAGCCUAAACCCAGCGGCCCUGAACACUUCCAGUACUCUGAACCUGUCAUCUCCAAAGUGACGGACUACAUCUAUGUUGGCAACCUCAAUGCGGCAUACAAUGGGCGCACCCUGUGCCGCAACAACAUUGACAGUAUAAUCGAUAUGAGCAGCGUGCCGGGGGAACUGGGGCCCAGCCUCAGCCUCAUACCCUGCACCUGUACGCGGGGUGCCCGGCACAGCUGGUCUCGCCUCAAGGUAGACAUAGGAGACGUGCCGGAAGCUCUGGGUGACGGCCCGGCCCUGAAACAGUGCUGCUUCGAGGACAUCAACGAAUGCAUUGACGCCUCCACAGAGAAGAGGAAGCGUGUCCUGGUCCACUGUCGGGACGGGUUUUCCUUGGCACCGACGUGUAUCAUCCAGUACCUGAUGGUGAAGCAGAACAUGAGGCUGAUUGCCGCCUACGAGCUGCUGAGGGCCAAGUACCCGGUCAACAUCAGGGAAUGUCACCAGAAUGUGCUGGUGAGCCUGGAGAGGGCGCUGCGGCCCGGGGGCAACGUCAACCCUGAGUGCUUUAAACAGGCCAUCUCACGCAAAGUGGCGUGGACCUGACUCCCUUUCCCAACAUGCUCAGCUGCUGCUUAUGGUAUAAAAUAUUUUCCUAAAAACAAUCAAGGGCAGUUGUACUUUGCCCUGUCAACUGGAUGUUAUUGUCCUCACCUGAGUGCAGUGGCUGUAAAAUGUAUGAAUUUGAUGUAUUUUCUCCUCAAACCUAUAAAUGUGACCUGUCUGUUGUUCCUCCCCUCUCACAGAACAGGAGACGCAAUAGACUUCACUGUAAUGUAUACAGCUUCGUGGUAUCCCAAUGUAAUAGUGUUGGCUGUAUAGUUGAUAUAGUCCUGCUCAAGUUCUGUGCCAUGCCGUCAUGGUGGUGUUUUUUUAUCAGGGGAAAUUAUUAAUGGGAGAUCUCAGGAGAUUAUUGAUGUCAUUCCAGUAAAGGGUGGGAAAUGACUCAUCAGAUGAGUCUGUGGCCACGUUCACACCUGCAAAUAAAAUGCUUCUUGGUGAGCUAUAUGUGGCAUUUAUGGCCUGGCCAUAUGUCACCACUGUCUGAAAGACCAAUAUCAGUCUAGUAGAUUCAGUACAGAUAAAGAAUUUUGAGUUGGUGGGUUUUAAUGCACAGAAACACUGCUACAGGUGUGGAAUUACCCUUUAGUUGUCUGAAAAUCACAACAUUAUGAUUAUUAUAUAAAUCUACACUUUCAAAAUAUGCAACUAAUACCCCCCUCCACAUGCAAAUACAGCAUGAGAUAAAGACAAAAUUGGGACCUGUUCAUAAAAACAUUAGUCUAUAGCACCACUGGUGGUCAAAAUCAUUAACUAUUAGAACCAAUAACUUAUCCGUUAACCUCUAGACUUCCUUCUUGGCUCGAUAACUGCUGAGCCUGAACUGUUUUUUAAAAGCAGUUAAACUCUACACACUGAUUAAAUUCAAAUUCCAAUGUGAAACUGAAUCACAAGUGGCCACUCAAGAUGCAUUUUUAGAAAUUACAGGUGUGAGCUUAGAUUAGUUUUAUACAGGUUUUUACACAAAGAUCUGAGCCAGAAUUAAGUACCUGGCAAUCAUUUGUUUGGAGACUUUUUUUUCUUCCUAAAAUAAUGUGUUUACUUGGUGAACUAGUUGUUUGAAGCCACUGUCGGUGGGUUAAAAAUAGUUUGUUUCUGACCCUGUUGAAACAAAGCUGCCACUCAGAAGAACAGAGGACAUACGUGUGAUUUGUCACCAUCGGAUCCAUCACCACUGACUGGAUUACAUUGAUUUAUCUGCUUCUAUCACAAGAGGGAACUUUGCACACGGACACGUGAUUUAAAUGUAAAGCUUCUGUUGUUUGUGACCUUUUCAUGCAGUUUCUUUUUUGUUUUUCCGAGGUCAUACUUGAUGGAAGAUGAACGGUUCGACCUCUCCUCCGUGAGGAAGACCGAGCCCCAUUUUUAGCCACAGUUUGUUUGAUUUAUCUCUUUGGUGGUGCUCAAACUGUGGCUUUGUUGAUUUGAACUUCGGUGUAUGCAGUGAGGCUGGGUGUCGUGCAUCUUCUGGAUUUUCAGUAUUAGUGUUUGAGUGCCGCUGAACUGCGAUUCAGGGUUUACACUGCAAGAGAAGAUUUUUGCACUACUCACAGGGUUGUUUGAUGCAAGUAUUGAUUUUUUAUUUAAAUAUUGUUUAGAUAUUUUUGGAGUUUGCCAGUUGGCAUGUUUACACACCUAUUAGAAUAACCAGAUUAAAGGGAUGGUUCCCCGAAGAAUGGAAACUCAAUCAUUAUCUACUCACAACUAUGCCGAUAGAGGAGUGGAUGAAGUGUUUGAGUCCACCAAUACAUUUCUGGAGUCUCAUAAGUAACCUUUGUUGCAGCAGAAUCCAACACAAAUGAGGUGAAUUGUGACCUCUACUUCAGACGUAAUAAUUCAACAGGAAAAACACAACAUACUGCUCAUGUCGUGUCAUCCAAUUGUCCGCAAGCCCGAAAUUCCUAUUUGUCUCGAAAAAGGUUAUUUACAUCGUGAUUAUGCCUAAAAGUCCACUGGAAGUGGCUAUGCUAGCGGAUCUAGCCACUUGAUGGUGUGCCAGAGGGUCCAUGAAUGCACCUCGUCAGAAGUUAUCAGAGGUCAUUUAGGCUAAAACAUGGUUUAAAUAACCUUGUUUCAAAACAAAUGUGAAUGUCAGGCCUUACGGACACCUGGAAGACACUUUAUUAUGGUUCAAUUAAAGUGGCUACAUGGUUCACAUCAUAUGAGUUGCCCGAUAUCUUGAGUUGACACUUGUUUAUGAACUUUUAUACAGUAUCUUUUGCUUGUUUUUUACCACUGCUCUUUGAUCAAUAACCCAAACACAACUAAAAAAAAAUAUGUUAAACGGAUAAAAAGCAGGUUAUGAUAUCAGUCUAAUGUCUGAUCAUAACGAUUUGAUCACGGUCUACCAAGGAUCCAAAUAAUAUUAAAAUUAUAUAAUUUGAUCUGUUAUCUUUCAAUUGAUAUAUCAUUAAAGUCUUUCAAAUAUCAAAUGGAGGUAAAAGCUCAUGUUCUUUACAGUUUUAGUUGAUGUCUUCAAAAGGUCCUGUUUUGCCAAACCCACAAAUAUUCAACUUGCAGUGACACAAAACAGAAAAGCAGCAUAUCCUCAAAUCGAAGAAUGAUUUUUGUUUCCGCUUUUGAUAAAUUACUAAAAAACCUCACACAAUCAUCACAAUUAGCUGAUUAAUCCUCUAUAUAUGAGCUACUUGAUUAAUCAUCUAGUUUCAGCACUUGUGCCAACACUGGAUAUAUGACUCCAGGCACAGCUGAGUCAGUACUCAGAAAAGUGAGGUUUGAUAUCUGCCCUCUUUUGGCCCUGUCAGACCUGGUUUUAACAUCCGUCCUGAGAGACCUGAUCACAAUUGGCCAGCUCUCAGUACAUCUGUCCACACCUAGCAGUAAAAUGCUUCUCCAACGACCAGUGAUCAGAUCAUACUUCCCAGCUCUAUAUGCAAAUAAAGACAUCUCUGUUCUUAAAGACCAAAUAGAAAGUAGGAAGUUUGAGCUUACAUGUGGGUCUAUGACUGUGUUUGUGUGUCUUGGUUUUAGAUGGAUAGAUCAGAGUGAAUCAGUGCGUACAGCUGUUGAAUGAAGUAAGAUGUAUCCAUUUGAGAAAACAAGCCAAUAUUAAUAUUGUGGUGGUUGGUAUAUAGUAAACACUGAUUAGAGUAUAAACACGUAUGGGUCAGAGGACGUCAGCUGAUGGGGUGAUCCUUCAAUGUGGCUCAGGACGCAUUCACGUGCUUGAGUAAUCAGGUUCCAAAUCCAGGUGGUUUAGAGCUCAACGCAAAACAAAUUAAGAAAACAUGCAAAUCUAAAAAACAAAUCAUAUUUUGCAAACAAACAACUUCAUCAGUUUGAUGACACAUCAUAUGCAUAAAGUAAAAAACAGGUAAAUACAAAACCAAGCUACAAAUUGCGAAAAACAACGUUUCCAAGGGGCCAAAAAAAAUGAUGAACCUCAAGUACUUCAAUGCUUUGUGAAGUUCGAUACCCACUGACGAGAAGCAGACUUCAAUAACGUCCCAAAGCGUUGAACCCGUCGUUAAAUUGAUGUUUUCUUGUGUUGUGACUUAUUUGCAGCGCAAUGUGUUUUCUUUUUGACAUUUUUCUGGAUUUGUAGUACGCCAAGGUACAAAUGCGUCACCACCGCAUCACUUCUCGGAUCACACGGAUGGAUGUUAGAACCUGGUCUGUUAACUGAUACUGAUGUUCUUCCACACCAGCCAACCUGCUGUUUUUGUGUAAAAGGGACCAUCACCUCAAUUAAUGCCUUUCUUUUAUCAGUAUGUAUCCACAUCCCAAUGAUUACAGAUUGUCUCCUUUGUCAACUAGAUGAUUUUGUUUUAUUAUUAUUAUUAGCACAAGUAAUUCACUUGUGACAUUUUUCAGCAAUGGCAUUUAAAUGGUACAUUUUUCCACUUGUGGAGGGAUGUUUUAAGCCUGCUUCUCAGGUUCAGUUCAGUUGUUACAAAACAUAUCACUCUGAAAUUUGAAGCUCCAUCAUCAAAGUUUAAGUUAGUGUUAGCAAAAGCAUAAACUUGGUAGGGUUUAAAAGGUUUAGGCUUACACAUAGUUCGUCCAGCUCUAAAUUCGUUAGCUGAUAGUCUGCUCCGGGUGAGGUGAUGGAUCAUAUUAGUGAUUGUUUCUGUUUUGUGGUCCGUUAGCAUCCUGUUCAACCAGUGAAGAAACUUCUUGUAUGGUCUGAAUUUUGACUCUGACCAUCAAAGCUGUAUGUUUAAAGCAGAAAGAUAUUAACCCACAGUUUUUCUCUGCGCUCAAUAGAAACUGUGACACUCUCCUCAUACAAAACAUACUCUGAAAUGUGAAGCCUAGAUGAAAGAGAUGCUGGAUAUUUGCCAUCAGUUUUCAUUUUAUUUCAUUAGGCGUGUCCUAUAUAUUUAUAAUUGGGGAACCAACACUCCUAGAAAACUUUUCUGAAAAUAAAAGUUAUGCAAAUAGCAAAAUGAAGGCUAAAAUGUUGCCAUUGGCUUUUCCUUUUCUGUAUUUCAUUUAUUUUCCAUGUACUUACUUGGGCAGCCUCUGUGAGAAUAAGUUUUACAGGACGGUUGUAUACAGCACAGUCCAGUCUUGAUGUGAGCCGUGUGGUAGGGGUGGAAACUAAAAGUAUGGUGCCUUGAUUUGAAGUUGUCUUGUGACCGUACGGUGACAUUUGCACACUUUGUAUGACUUGAUCUUCUCUUAAUAUGUUGUACAAUGUUGAAUAUUUUUGGAUGUUUUAUUUUGGCCAAAAAAUAAAAGUAUAAACAUGAUAUUUGUGUAAAAAGGUCCAAAGGUCCUUGCUGUAAUAUAUUUGCUAUCCAUUCAUCCAUACUGGUGUUUUACUAACGCAGGACGUGAAACAGGAGAUGGUAUACUUCUCGAUGUUAUUAAUGCCCACUGUAGUAGACUGAGUGUCGGCAUAUUUCAAGUCACAGUCAUCAAAUCAAACUGAAUAGGUUUUCUAACUCAUUCUCUCAGGUGAUUUCUCAGUGGCCCAGAAUGUUCUCAAUGAGUAUGAUGUUCGGAAAUGUGAAACAAUGUAUUUCUCAUGUCAUGUUUCUUAAGUCACAUAUAAUUUGUACUGUUGAAAUAUUAAAGAAAGAUAUGUACUCAA